UCUAGCCACUGGAGUAUCAUGGAUGUGUUUACAAGAUCGUGGUGGGAUGCAGGAUGUUUCGUGGUGUAGGUGAAGCCGCGGGAGUAUGUAGGAUGUUCGUGGUGUAGGUGUAGCCGCGGGAGUAUCAUUGAUGUGUUUACAAGUUCGUGGUUAGGAUGUAGGAUGUUCGUGGUGUAGGUGUAGCCAACAGCGCCAGAUGCGAAAUGCUGUUCAUUGAUAUACUUGAAGUCGACUGUGCUUGUUGUAUGGAAGUAGAGUGAUUCGUGGCAUAUAGUACUUUCGUUAUCACUGCUGUUAUGGAAAAAUAUGAUAUAGUGAUCCUGCAGGGACCUCCAAUGCAUGGAUAUCUUUACAUGGUUCAGGAAAGACUCGGAUCACUGGAUACUUAUAAACACGUCUUGGCCACAGAGAUAUAUCAAGAUCAUCCAGAAUAUGGAGUCAGAGAUGUUGCAAAUAUAGUUCUCAGCAUGCUUAGGCAGAAACACAGGUAUUUGUCUGUGACUUCAGCCUUGGAAGUGGACUCAAAGACUGCCUGAGUCAUCUAAUUCUUGAAAAGAUUUCUUCCUGCCAGGCACUUUCUAUUCAGUUAACGCCAAAAUAUGGGCCAGAUCAGGUAUUUUGGGCUAGAGAGUUCAGCCUGGCUUGUGAAGAACCCUAUUGUGCAAAGCUUUUCAGAUGAUGUUCUCCAUGAGUGGUUUGAUCAAAUAAACAACAGCUUUGUCACGCACAGUGAAGACAGUAGCCGAGGAAGUACAGCAAAUAUAACAUUUGGUCAAGACUCCAUACAGGCUAACCUGAUGGCCAUUUCUCAAUUCAAAUUUGAGGUGCCAGCUCUGCUGCUUCAGUGGGAGAGUGUGUAUGACAUGACCCACAACCAGCUUACUGAGGGCCUGAUUGGGAUUUGCAAAGUGUGGUCCACAGCAACAAAGUGUGGGCGGAUUAUCAUAGUUUGUGAUGGCCACAGCAUGCAUAAAGGUCACAGGUCAGUUGCUGAAGAGAAGACUGCUUUAGUCACAUGUAUAAACCAGAUUACUUCUGAGUUGGAUUGUCCAGUUUACGUCCUUCAGAUAGUUUCAGCAAAGGAGGCUGGUGAAUUCUGCAUGCCACCUAAUCCAGGCAUUCUUGCUUUCCUUCAGCGCAGACAUUGUCUUGAUCUAAGUCAUCAGAGCACACUCUAUAUAUACAGAGAUGCAAAUCAUAUGAAAAUGGCUGAGAGAGCAGGUGUUAGGCAUGUAAAAAUAUCUACUGCUGUCAGGAACCAUAGGAAGAUGUCCCUUUUUCAUUCUGCGGUGACCUGCAAGACUCCUGAUAUGUUGAAGAACAUGCAGAUGGUCACGGGCAAAGCUGACUGCAGCCAGGUGCUCAUUUCUUUUGGUAACAGGCUGGAGGAAUUUCACGAUGGACACAUUUGCUUUGACCACCCCCGAGGCCAUAGAGAGUUUGUCUUUGCCAAGACCCUGGAAACACUACAGAGGUUUCAGGAGCUGUCCUGCAAAUUUAAUACAUCAUUGGCAGAAAAGUGCAGCAGAUUAACAGACCUUCACCAGACAAAUUCUGAAGAGCUUAUACAGACAUUUAGCGGCAGCUGUGCUGAGCCACAAGUGGAGUGUGCUAAAGAAGCUUGCAAACCGGAUCAGAAAAUCCCAAAGUGGAUGACCCAUCAAAAGAGCUAUGUUAGGCCCGAAGCUAUGCUCAGGGAGUCGGCAAGCACCAGUUCUACUAAAAGGACAGGGAGAGCUCGCCAGACUAUAUAUGUCAUGACAGAAAAAGAGCUUUUGGACACAGCAAUGGAAAUUUUGAAACAGUCAGACAUCUCACCAGGAGAAGUGCCAGCAAAGUCUUUGCAACAAAACACAAAUUACUCAGAGGAUGGAAGUGGCAGUCAUAAGCGGCAGGGACCACCCAUUACUGUUCAGACAGAAAGUCCACAAAAUGAAGACAAGAUUGUAAAUCCAGAGAUUUUGACUUUCCAGAAGCACCCACUGUGCCAAAGAAAAAACACCAAGAAAAGUCAGAUGUAAUACUGGCAGAAUCAUCCAGCGCAGAAAACCCUGUUCAAAACGGAGAUUACCUAAGUGUGGAAAUCAGCAGUGUUACUCCAGCAAAAACAGAUUCAGUAAGAAAGAACAGAACAGCUGAUUUAUCCAUACUGGAUGAAAUCUUUCUUUAAAACAUGAAGCAGCACAUACGAAAGCUUUUUAGUAUCUGGUUGAUCGAUUUUUUUAUACUUACAUUUUAAAAACAUUUCUACUAUAUAUUUUAAACAGUUGAUUCUGUUAUAUAUGAAACAGGAUUGCUGAAUGGUGGCUUAAAAUAAACAAGAUAAAUCAUUA